AUGUCGGUGCCUGAGCAGGAUGAGACACCUUUGAGGCAUCGCUCGCAUAAAGUCUAUGUGUAUCGCCUGACUCACAACGUAACAGAGCGGCACUUGGAGGAAAUAUUUGGCUUCUAUGGUGAGAUUUCUCGAUUACGUCUGUACGCUGCUGUUCACAAGCAACCUCACGCCGUCAUAGAAUAUGAAAGCGAGGCCGGCGCAGAUCUAGCGAUCAUUCAUAUGGAUGAGGGACAAAUUGAUGGAUCUUGCGUGCGUGUCACUCUAACAGAAGAACCUGAAAGGUGCGUUCUGCCGCCUCGGCCUUCGCAGCGGCGCCAAGGACGUCGGGCGAUCGACCAUGGGUGGGGCCGUAGGGCCGACGUGCGUCGUUCGCCUUUGCGUCGUUCACGCAGUGCGUCACCUUCCUAA